AUGGGCCUCAUACAACAUCUCGAUUGUAUCAAGGAUGAAUACAACCAAGUACAAUCCCAGCUAGCCCAACAACGCCAAGAACUCGAAAAGAUCAGCAUCGAACGGGAACAGAUGCAACGACAAAUGAUGAUGUGCUACGAGAUGAGCAUGACGAUGAACGCCGAGAUCAUGAAGCAGAGCGAGAUGAAUAAGAAGCUCAGCAACGUCUUGCAGCAGGUGAUCGCCCUCCUGCCGCCAGAGCAAGCCACGACAGCAUCAGCAGCUUUUGACCGCGCGAAGCAAGUAUCGGCCAGUGAAGCUUUGGCCAGCACAUCACAAGCACAAGCAAUGGCUCUUUUUGGCGGCGGACUUGGCAUGCAGAUGCCCGGAAUGCCCUUCAUGAACCCCGCUGCCGCUUUUGCCGCCAAUCCCGCAUUUGCAGCGUUAGCACAGGCAAACAAUGAACGAACAAAUAGCGCCAGGCCGCGAUCACCGAAGGUUGAAGACGGCGACUCGAAACGGAGACGGGUUGACCCUGAUGAUGAGGAGGCCGUGAAUAUUGACGUCGAAGUGGAGGAGCCGAGUGGGAGCGGGCAGACCAAUGGCCACGAACGGAAGCCCAAAUCGGAGAGUGGACGCGACUCUGCCCACUCGGUAGCAUCAUCCGGCGCUUCGACCCCAGGAAUCCCCCGUGCUCCCCGGAAUCCGUUCGACGCGCUCGCCGCCGGAGCACGACUUCCACAAAUCCCCGGCGGCCCACACAUGAUCCCCGGUCUCGACCCGCAUGCCCAUGCGAGAAUGUUGGCCGCUGCCGGAAUGAACAUGCAGAAUGGGGCUCGCCCGUCGUACAGUUUCACGAUUGAGAGCGGCGUGCAACGGCCCACAUCUUUUCCCAACGAUGCCAUAACCGCGCCGGGGAUGCCCAAGAAUUUGAAGAAGGUCGAUGAACUGCCCCAUGGAGACGUCGUUUGUGCAGUAACGGUGGCAAAGAAUAAGGAGACGGUGUUUACGGGAGGAAAAGGAUGUGUUAAGGUCUGGACGUUGCCGUCAAGCUCUGAGGGCUCAAGCCCGCCCGCUUCUCCUCGAUCACCAGUCUACAGCCUUGGCUGCCUGGGCGAUCAGUACAUCCGGUCGAUUCGAUUAACGGCCGACUCGACGCGUCUCUACGUUGGUGGUGAAGCCUCGACGAUCGCCGUCUGGGACGUGCAGGAGCAAAAAGUCUUGAAAGAACUGGAAAGUGACGUGCAAGCCGUGUACGCGCUGUGCAUGUCGCCCGACGAGAAGACGCUGUUCGCCUGCGGGUCUGAUGGGAAAGUGUUCGUCUACGACACGCGCACUUUUGAAAAGAUGUCAACCCUGCAAGGGCAUAGCGACGGCGCAUCGUGCGUCGACCUCUCGUCGGAUGGGCUAACGUUGUGGACGGGCGGUCUCGACAAUACGCUCCGAGCAUGGGAUAUUAGGGAACUGAAGGAGACGUCGAAAUACGACUUCCCGUCCCAAAUCUUCUCGCUCAGCUGCUCGCCAAAGGAUGAUUGGGUGGCGGUGGGAAUGGAGAGCAACAUUGUCGAGGUUGUCUCCCCCAGCCAAGCGGAGAAAUACUCGAUGCACAUGCAUGAGGGCUGUGUACUUUCCUUGAAAUAUUCGCAGACGGGCAAUUUCUUCGUCAGCACCGGCAAGGACAACGCCGUCAACCUGUGGCGAUCCCCGUACGGCGCCAAUCUCGUCAAUUAUCGGGAAACGUCCUCCGUCCUCUCGUGCGACAUCUCCAGCGACGAGCUGAUGCUGAUCACCGGUUCCGGCGAGAAGCGGGCUACCGUCUACGAGAUCGAGCUCCAC